CCUCUCCUCCUGUGUAAAUUGUUAACCGCUUUCGGACACUAUCCUGCAACUUAUGUAGAGAUUCUCCCCCAAGAAACAAACCGUUUCCCUUCAAAAAGAUAAAGACCAAGAAGUUACCAGUUUGUAUCUUGAUUGUUCUACUAGUUUUCUUUUUCUGCAUGGAAACAGGAUCAUCAUCCAGGUUUACUUCGUCCAGGAAGUUUCUGGCUAUAAGCUUGUCGGUACUGGCCGUGCUCUCGCCUCUCUACAUCGACAGCUUAUCAGAGGAAGAUGAAGAACCGGAAGAAGAACUCUUUGGUUUCAUGUUUUCGCUACCCGUGCUCCUUCUAUUCUUGGUUUUGGCCAUUGCCCUGUCCCUGUAUUGUGAUCAGAGCUUGACCAGGUUUGAUCCUAACUGGAUUCACAGGCUCUGUGGUUCGUUUGGUGGGUUGCUCGUCAUUCUCAUCCUUCUUGUUUUCGUCUUGAAAUGCAAAUCCUCUGCUUAGACCCUUUACUGGAAGUUGUUAAUGAAGAAAACAAAGCUUAUCAUUUUCCCUGAAA